UGCACCUGCAUGUCCUUCAGGACACUUACUCCAGACGACGGUCGUCUAUGAUCCUCACUAUACCCACAACUCUAUCAUUUCCCGACACCAAUGUUUACCUUACUCCGUACACCGGUGACAGGCAUAACCUCCUCCCCCCUUCUCCAUUCGACUCCCGGACUCCACCAGGGCAAGAUUACGAAAGAUAUCUAGACUCGACGGCUGUCUCGCAUUAUCUAGUAUGGCGCCGCUUCGGCAUGCCACCGACAGUUUAGAUGAGUAGUGAAGAUGAGCGCCACCGGAAGGCAGCGCAUCUUGCCUCUUUGCGACGUCGGCGGUGGGUUUCGAAAUGGGGAUGGGCGCGCAUCCGCGCUGACAGACGGGCGGUAGGGGACUUAGGCCCGUCUUCCGCGCCAGUGGUACCCGUGUGGGUGGCCACGCAGGUCCUCACGAGUGAGGAAACAAAAAAUGGAAGAAAUUUCUGGUCUCAAUUGCGACCGUGCGAGAAGUGUCAAUUUGGCGAAGGCCCUUCUCGGAUGCGUGGCCCCCCUUCUUCUCGGGCGAAUCAGAGUCAGGAAAAAGUCGUGCUGGACAGAGCACGGUGGGAUGUCCGGGCUGCUGCGCGUAUCCGGUGGUGGCAGAAUGGGGCAUCCUGACAGAUUCCAUGCCGCUUGGAUCCGAAACUGGAGGCGAGCAGAGGGGGAAAUAGAAAGGCGAAUCACACUGGGUCAGAUAUGGCACCGUAUUCUACCCUCGAAUUCCAAUAGGUUCCGCGGAGACCGGAAGCAACGGUUAUCGGAUACCCAGAUGUGUACCAAGAUUAUGGAUGGAUAUCAAUUGGGUUUUUACAGUGGCACAAGAUCUAUG